AAAGAGUUCCAGCUUCAUCACGGAGUUUCUCUCGGUUUGUGGGCUCGUUUAAAGCUGAGUAACGGGAGGAGAAGAGUCUGGUGGAGCAGCAAAUUUCAGCCAUUUGGACUCAGCUCAGCUACUGCAGAGAAAACGAUGACUUUAACACAAAAGGACCAACAUGGAGCAAGAAGUCAGCGCUCUCAGGAGGCCGACAAACCUCACAGAAGAAAGGGAGAGAAAAAAUACAGCUGUGAUGAGUGUGGGAAGGGGUUUACCCGUCCUAGAGGCCUAAAAACACACCAAUCCUUCCACAGUGGAGUUAAAUCUUACAGCUGUGAGUUGUGUGAAAAAUCUUUUACCCAGGCUGGACACUUAAAAACACACCAAAUCAUCCACAGUGGUGUUAAAGCGUACACCUGUGAUGAGUGUGGGAAAGAUUUUUCUCGAAAGGAUUCACUAAAAACACAUCAGCUUAGACACGUUGGGGAGAGACCAUUCAGCUGUGACUUGUGUGGAAAAUCUUUUAUCCUUGCUGAGUAUUUGACAAAACAUCGACGCAUCCACACUGGGGAGAGACCAUACAACUGUGAUUUGUGUGGAAAGACUUUUACCCAGGCUGGAAACCUAAAAAGACACCAGUUAAUCCACAGUGGAGUUAAACCAUACUCCUGUGAUCAGUGUGGUAAAGAUUUUGCUCACAUUAGCUAUUUACGGCUUCAUCAAGUUACCCACUCUGGAAUUAAGGCGUACGGCUGUGGCAUCUGUGGAAGACACUUCAGCGGCAAACAGAGCCGAAAUAAACACCUACGCAUUCACACCAAAAAUGACGUGUGCUACUGUGAUCAGUGUGGCAAACUGUUUGUGACAUACAACAACUUAAAACAACACAUGUUUACACACGCUGAGGAGAAACUUUAUAAAUGUGACCUGUGUGAUAAGGCUUUUAAAGCUCCACGAUCCCUCAGAGUCCACCAACAGCUCCACACCAGAAAGAAACUCUACAAGUGCAGUUACUGUGAGAAGCAGAGUGACACAGAUGGAUCCAGUUCUCAACCCUGUCGUCACUGUGGUGGUGGGAAAGAGUUUCUUUGUGACCUUUGUGGAAAAACUUUCAGUAAUCGUGGGAGCCUAAGAAAACAUCAACUUAGACACAUUGGAGGCAAAAUGAACUACUGCAACGAAUGUGGGAGAGGCUUCACCACUGCAGGUAACCUUAAAGAGCAUAAACGAGUCCACACAGGAGAGAAACCAUACAAGUGCAGACACUGUGACAAAAGCUUCUCACAAUCAGCUCAUUGUAAAAAACAUGAACGUACACACAUUAAAGGGAACUUCAGCUGUGACCAGUGUGACAAGACCUUCAGAAAUCUCAGUUCAUACUCCACACACAAACGAUCCCACGCUGCAAAUAAACUGUUUCCCUGUUACCAAUGUGCAAAAACAUUCACUUCAUUAUCUGCUCUGUGCAAACAUCAGCGUGAUCAUGAAAUUAUUCCCAUCACUGGAUCACAAUGAAUCUGAAGAGACAGAAAUAUCAUCUUCUGGUUUCAGGGUCAGACUUAAAAACCUUGAGAUCAGGCUCCACAGAGUUCAGCUGGAGUCUCCUGAAAAGAGUGUCAGCUGAUGUCACACUUGGAUCUGAUGAGGUAGCUCUGAUUUCUGGACUUGCAGUAAACGCACUGAAUGUUAAAUUUAGGUAGUAUGGAGAUAAACAUCAAGUUUAUUUUCCUUUGAGCGAUAUUAGUGCUUUUUAUCCCUGUAACAUUUUAAUCUUUGUUCCCUUAGUACACAGUAGUGUGUAGUAGUUGUACUUUUUAUUGUAUUAUAAAAGUUAUAGGAAUGUGUUUUUUACCAAACUGAUAUUGUAUGAAAACUGCAGAUGUGGAUAUUAAUAACUUCAUAAAGCAUUUUCAAACAAAAUACCGAGCAGCUAUUUUACAUACAGUGGUCAUUUAUCGCAGGAGUUAUGUUCUAAAAAUAACCCAUGAUAGGUGAAAUCCGCAAAGUAUCCAACUUUAUUUUUUACAAUUAUUAUAGAUUAUAGAUGUUUUAAGGCUGUAAAACACCCCACUACAAACUUCAUACACUUUUGUCAGACAGACAUGGACAAUUUUCACACUUCUCUUGUGAAAGUUCAAAUCUUCGUAGAAAAAGAUGUCCAGUAUUAUAGAAUGAAACCAAAGGCACUCACAGAUGCCUUUGAUGGUGCAAAACAUUUCGUCAACAUUGUUGUGUUUUUUGGGAAGAAAACUGUCACGGGGCGGGAUGGACUCAUGCACAGACAAGGGAAGCUAAAUGCAGUUCCUUUUAUUAACACACAACACCAGGUGCAACUAUAUAUAGGUGAGAGAGGGGGGGGGGGGGAUCCAGAGGGGCACAGGGGAGGUCCAGAAAUAGGGGCUCUUUACACAUGAGGAAAUCGUCACACAGUUCCAAAACACAACACACCAGCAACUCCACUCGCCCAGGGUUUUAAGGGAAAGAGAAUCCUGCGUACAGGAACAAGCGGUUAAUCCAGCAAGAUAAAAUGAAGAGACAACUAGAAACUAGGGUACGGAAGCUUACUACCGAGGUUACUCAAUAGUCCAACGAUGAGAUGUUUCCAGCCACUGCCUUAAGUAGUGGACGCUGGUGAAGUGAUGGACCACAGGUGCAAAGGGCAGGAUCGGAAGCCUGCAAUGAGCUCCGCCCAGGCGACACAUGGUGAGCGUGAGGGAAAGAGAGAGGGAGAGGGAAAACAAGAAACAUAUGUAGCCAACCUGGGUCAGCCAGGCAGACAUGGGGACCAUGACAAAAACUUACAAACAGACAGUACAGCACCUCAGAGUCACACUACUAGUGAUUGAAGAUUUAUGUAAAUUUGACAGUAGACACGGCAGGCCACCGUGACUCAAGGUCUGAUUAUUUAACACCUUGAGUCACAGUGGUCUACAAUCAGUAUGCAGAAUAUAAUCCGCUGUUAAAAAAAAUUAAAUAAAUAAAAAACCAUGCAAAUUUGCACACACAAAAAAUCAGCGAAACAGCAAGACUGGGAAAAGUGAACCAUGUUAUAGCGCCAGGCGACUGUAUAUACAUGUGUGUAUAUAUUUUUUUUUUCAUUAUAACUUUCUUGCUUUUUUCCAAAUCUAACUUUUUUCUAUGUAUUUGUAUGUUCAGUGGAACCCCGACUUACGAAAUUAAUUCGUUCCCAAGGGUCUUUCGUAAGUCGAAAAUUUUCGUAAGUCGAAGCAGGCGAUGCUGAACGAUAGGCUAUAGGCUAAUUGCUAACUAGAACAACAAUACGUCGUUCAAGUGGAACAGCGAAGCACAAGUACGGAAGCCAAGGGGUUGUCACAUGAUUCGGAAGGCAUUGUGGGCAUUGUAGGCUCAGCCAAUCAGAGCCAGCGGAUUUAGUUACCCGGGCAUUUUGCCGUAACACGGGCAGAAAUAUUGCUGUUCAUUGCCUUCGUAACUUGAAUUUUUCGUGAAACGGGGUAUUCGUAAGUCAGGGUUCCACUGUAUUUAUUUUAUCUGUUACCUCAGUAAAAUUUUAAUUGUUUUUCAUAUUUAAUCUUCUUAUGCUGUGGUAAUCUGUGCUCUUAAAAGUGUUUCUUCCCAAACUCCAAAUAAUGUCACACGUGUUGCUCUUAAAGCUUCCAGUAUGAACUAAAUCUGUCAACUGGUUCGUACCAGAAGAUAGAGUCAGUGUAACCUUUAUUUAAUCAGGCAAAGAACACAUUCUUAUUCACAGUGGCAGCAAAGAAAUGUUAAAAGCUAAAAAGAGCAGCACACAUGAAGACCAUUUUGAAAUCACAGAUGACUUCUUUUAGUUCAUUCAAAUUCUUUUGAAAACUCUAAUUUUAGCUCCCCCUUUCACUUUAGUUUAUUUACUGUAUCUUUGAAGUCCACAUGUUGUUUGUUAUUGAAUGCAUUUUGAUCCACGUUCUGGAGCUGUUUUCUUGUUGAUUUUAAGUUUGUAUUGUCAAAUCCUCAUUCUGUUAAACCAUUAGUUAUAUUUGAUGAACUCUCUGUAAAGUUUGUUUUAUAAAACACUUUGGUGUGAAAAAUAAAGAAAUGGUCUCACAACAAGUAGCUUGA